AUGUUGAAACACAAAAGACGUACUCAUCAUGUUACAGACAAUUUUUCUUCAAAUAAAUUAAAUAAUGAUUUAAGUCCAAAAAACUCUGUUAACAAUGAAAGUAUCUAUGAAAUUCAACCAAUAGCUAGUGAAUUAUCUGCAACUACUACAAAUCCACCAUCGGCAAUAACAGUAGCUGAUUUGGAUACUGAUGAAAUGCCAAUUCGAUUUCGUAGAGAUGCAAAUAAACCAAUUGUUUUUUCUGUAAUAUGUCUUGAACGUUAUCAAUUAGUAGAUAUAGUUGAUGAAUUUCUACGAAAAUUUUCAUCUUGUGUUACUCAAACAAUGCAUUUAAUAACAAAUGAUGAUAAACAUACAUUACGUUCACCAUUAUCAAUGAAAUUAAUUGAAGCUAUAGCUAAUCAUUAUUUUUGUGUUUCGUAUCGUGGUCCAAAACGUUCACGUUCAAUUGAUAAACGUCAGUCACUUUUUGAAUAUAUAUGUUUUAUGAUCAAAUGUACGGAAAAUAAUGAAAUUAAAAUGACAAAUGAUCGUUUACAAGAUUUAAUCACAACAGGUGAUGGACGAAUAAUAGCAUGGGUGAUAUAA